AUCCUUCCCAGCCCCCACAGAGCCAAGAAGAGAGAAGACAAUCCCAGCAGACUUAGCUUAUUGCACAAGUGUAACCAGAGGAAUAGAGAAUCCAUUCAGAUGACCAGGGCACCUCAAUAGAAUGUAGCUACGUUUCAUUUCUGUUGCUGAAAACAAAAACAACCUACAAUGGGAGAAGUGCAAAAGGGUUUAUUUUCUGUCAUUCAGAAACUGAAAGGUUCCACUGAGCAGGAGUUGAGGAUAGUUCUUCUGGGAUUGGACAAUGCUGGGAAAACGACAUUACUGAAGAAGCUUGCUUCAGAAGAUGUGAACACAAUCACUCCAACACAGGGUUUCAAUAUUAAAAGUGUGGCUUCCAAUGGUAUGAAACUGAAUGUCUGGGAUAUUGGAGGCCAACGGAAAAUUCGCCCUUUCUGGAAGAAGUAUUUAGAGAACACAGACUUGUUGAUAUAUGUCAUAGACAGUGCAGACAAGAAACGGUUUGAAGAAACAGGCCAGGAACUUUCUGAACUCAUAGAGGAGGAGAACCUGAAAGGUGUCCCUGUGCUCAUCUUCGCUAACAAGCAGGACCUGGUGUCAGCAGCUCCAGCAAGUGAAAUUGCAGAGGGGCUCAACCUUCACACAUACCGGGACAGGGAGUGGCAAAUUCAGGCCUGCUCAGCGCUGUCAGGGGAAGGCGUGCAGGAUGGGAUGAACUGGAUCUGCAACAACAUUGUUAAUAAGAAAAAGUAACAUCAUUAUCUACAGUACAUUGUUAAGAAAAUAAUCCUUAAUUUUCACUUAUACUUUAAGUGUGUUAUUGCUAUUAACAAGAAUUAUGUUAAUCGUGUUUGCAGCUUCAAGCUAUCUCAUUUGAAAUUAACUGCUGGAAAAUAAAAUUACCAAGAUCUGUGACUGAUAUUAAUGGCCUUUUCUGCUAAUAUUCAUAUACAGAAAAGGAAAUCUAUCAGUCAAGAUGGGUUUACUAGUGCAGAUUGAUCUAUCAAAACUGUAUGGUUUCUUUGGUUGAUAAGCUGUAAUGUACAAUUUUAAAAAUAAAACACU